GCUUUUGGAACGAAACAAACUUUUCAUCUGUCGUAGUCGAUCCAAAAGACUAACUUAACACCCAUAUUGUCGGUUACAAAGUUCAUCUAUCCACCUCAGCCAUCAUCAUGUGCGGCCCAGACACUUGCACCAAACCCCGAGGCGGCGCUUUGGCUGUGCUCAACCAACCCUUCAGCCAACCUGAAGCAACGGGAACAAUUCCACGGCUGCGAGGCGAUCUGGCAUUCCACACCCCGGGAGAGCCGUCGAGUGCCUUUGCGACGCACGCGAGAAUCACGGGCGGCAACAACUGCGACCCGCAGGCCCUGGCCGACAUGGUUGUCGUUAUACACAAAUCCGGGGACCUCACGCGAAGAAUCGAAGACUGCGGCCUCUUCCGUCGCAUCGCCUUCUCCGGCGCCUCGGUCCUCGAGAACGGCUCGACGGUCGAGCUGGCAUUGCAGCAACCGAUAUCGCUGCAGGUCGGGGAUGACGGCAUCAUCGGGCGGAGAGUCUCGGUCUUUCCCAGGUCGGAGAUGGAUACAGCCUGUGCGGAGGGCAUCGUCGGCUUCAACUUUGUGAACUCGCUCUGAUGAGGAAAUAUUGUUUGGUAUGGCAUGGCAUUUUUUUCUACGGCGUUCAAGGAACAGAUGGGAUUUGUUUUUGGAUUUGGGACGGAAUCGGACAUGGGCAUCAUAUCUUACCGACGGCAUCGGGUUCGAGCGUGGAGUCAGGGCAUGAACUACAACUAUUCCAAGGGCCCUUUUUAUUUUACUUUUUUAGUUCCAUAUCACACUUUUUUUUCAUGCACCUUGCAUUAAUAAUUGUCGACAAGUGCUUUGAUAUAGCUGCCACGACUUGCUUUGGGGCAACUCUUGGCAUAUAAGGUGCCAGUUCCCAGACCGCCGUACGAGAGAACUACUUGUGCAUUAGAGGGCGUAGAGGCCACACAGCAACUCAGUAGCAAAGACUUUGUUGUAGAUCACGUGUGUAACUCUAACAAACAGGUACACUUUCUUGCACCCUGCACUUUUUUGCACCCAACACUUUCUUGCGUUUUGCACUUUCUUACACACAGUACCCUGCACCCCUUUUUAUGGAGGGCUUUAAGAAUUCAGUUGAAACAAACCUGGACCUUGUAUUCUAAU